AUGACAACCGCGCAACUCGCCUGCACGUACGCCGCGCUCAUCCUCAGCGCGUCCGGCAAGACCGAUGCCGACUCUAUCUGCGCCGUGACGAAGGCCGCUGGCGUCGAGGUGAGCCACGGCAUGGCCGCCGCCUUUGCCAACGCCCUCGCCUCCGUCAACGUGAGCGAGGUGCUUGGCAGCAUCAGCUUUGGCGGUGCGGCCGCUGGUGGCCCUGCUGCCCCCGCUGCCGCUGCUGCGAGCGGCGCGGCCCCGGCUGCGGCGGCCGCGAAGGAGGAGCCCGAGGAGGAGGCAGACGACGACAUGGGCUUUGGUCUGUUCGACUAA